UCGUGUAUGUGUGUGCGGUAGUUACUUGGUUCACUACAGGCAAGAUGAGCGCGUUUAACAGCGUUUUGCUGAAGAUUUCAGAUGAACUUGUUGGUGAUCAAUUGGAGAAAAUGAAGUUCCUUUGUCUCAAAGAAAUAGGAAAAAAUCGUCUCGAGAAGAUUACCAGUGGCCUUGAACUUUUCACGGUCCUAAAGGAAAGAAAUAAACUAGGACCUGACAACACAGAAUUUCUAGUUUCGCUUUUGACAGACAUUGGUCGCCUAGAUCUUGCGGACAAAAUUACCAACAGUGAAAGUCAAUAUGCUGGGUCACCGAAUUCUCUUCCUAACGAUGAGCAAGCAAAACUUGACAUUGCAACGAAAGUGAUCAUUGACAACCUUGGAAGGAGGUGGCGAGCAUAUGGCCGUAAACUUAGCUUGCCAGAGGCCAAACUGGACCAUAUCUCACAGAAGCACCCUAAUGACCUGGAGGAGCAAGUGGUGGAGCUUUUGAAGGAAUGGCGGAAAAUGCACAAAGCUGAGGCCAAAACAGACACUUUGAUAAAGGCCCUUCGCUCCUGUGAUCAGAACUACACUGCUGAUCUGAUACAGACAGAACUUGAACAACUUAAAGCCAAUGGUGGACAGUGAAAGUGUGACGAUCAUCUUUUCUUAGGCCUUUGUUAUUUUGUUGUUUACUCAAUGGAUUAUUUAUUCAUUGCUUUCACAAUGAGUUUGGUGCUUUUAUAAGAUUCAGUAAAUCACCACACUUUGUUGGCAAUAUUGGUAUACCAGUAUACUCAUGGACCAGUAUAAUUUUAUGGAGAGUAGCCCAGUGCACUCUGGGUACAUACAUUCCUACUACGUACUGUAAAGGAAUUUGGGAGAAACUUGAUUGAACUAUGGAUAUUAUAAAAUUGUAUAGAUAAUGUGCAUUCAAAUUUGAAAUUGAUGUAUCCACUGUUGAGAUUAGUUAAACUUUGUUCAAAAUAAGUCUGUUUCCCUCAAGCUGGUAAAAAUGAUUUUCUAAUUAUUUAAUGUUGAAGUAAACACAAAAGGGAUUUGUUUAUGAUUGUAUUCAUGCCAUUCCAAAUUCAACAAAACCCACAAAUGUUUGUUUGGGGUUACUGUCAAGAUGUUCCAUAGUUGCUGUAAUACUUGUUCAAAGCAUUAGAAUACUUAUGUUGGGUAAAGCAUGUUGUAUGGACACAUAUUUGGAGAACUGUAUUGAAAUGGGAGGAUCAACACAGAUUAAGCUUUUGAUUUCAGUUGAUCAUAUAUUUAUUGUGAUUAUUAGAGGUUGCACAGCCUUGAAGUUUUGAGGCAAAUUACAUUCUAAUAGUUCUACCACUAGAGGUCACUCUACUCCUUCAGCGGAAUGAUCUUGAGUCCAUCGGAAGUGAGACCACAGGUAUCCAACUGUUUCUAUUGGGGAGAAAGAAUUUGUGAUUAUUUAAUCCUACACAUAAAGCUAUGUCCAUUGUGAUAUAUUCUCCCAC